AUGGCGAGUGGUGGCUAUGCCUUCCCGGCUCCCGAGUGGCGAAGGCCACCGGAUGAUGGAGCCGUUCAGUGCACACACAUCGAUGCAGCGCUGGCCAAAGCCUCCUGCGCACGCUUGGGAUAUUUCCAGGAUCCCUACACUGAGCAGCUCAUUCGGGUGAACCGCUCCAGUGGCUCCCCGCUGAUCCAUCGCGGCUACUGGUCGCGGGUGGAAGCCAUUCGUCAAACGGUGCUACGUUUCGUACAGGAAGCACCGGCGGGAGGAGUGCAGGUAGUGAAUCUCGGAGCCGGCUUCGACACCCUGUACUUCUGGCUCAGGGAGGAUGCCGGCCGCUGGCGCGACGACCUGUUCUACUUUGAAGUGGACUUCCCAGAAGUUCUGAGUAAGAAGAUCAGUGCCAUCAGCCGGCGCCAAAACCUUUGGCCCAUGUUGGAUGUCAGCACCAUGGAGGAACUUACCACGCGAAGUUCCCUGGGCUUGAGGGAGAUUCGGACCAAGCACUGCCGGAUGGUGCAAGCAGACAUGCGAAUUUCCUCGGAGCUUACUGCAGCCAUGGAGGGCUGUGGCUUGCGACCCGACCUUCCUACCAUCUUCGUGGCAGAGUGUGUUUUGGUCUACAUGCAAGCGCUCCACGGUGAUGGCAUCAUCCAAUGGGCUGCUUCAGCCGUGACAGCACCCUCGGCCAUGGUCAUGUACGAGCAAACGAACCCGCACGACCGCUUUGGGAAGGUCAUGGUGAAGAAUUUGGCGGAACGUGGCUGUCCUUUGCUCUCGGUCUAUGACUAUCCAUCCAUGGAGGCCCAGAAGGAGCGAUUCCUCGCGAGAGGUUGGACCAGAUGCCAAGUGGCGGAUAUGAACGAGAUCUACCGAAGUCAUUUGGACCAAUCCGAGGUGGAACGCAUUCACAAGUUGGAGUUGAUGGAUGAAUUUGAAGAGUGCCUGGGUGGAGAUUGCAAAGAUCGAAAAGUCACGGCGGCGGUGGGCGGCUGUUACGCAGGAACUUUGAAGAGAGACCAGUCUUUCCGUUACCCUGGGGACGGCUGCGAUGCAGGGCCCACGUCCGGCGCCGCCCGAACGGCCGCACAAGAAGUUGCCGGGGGCCCCGGCGUUUGGGGCGUUUCCAUGGAGGAACCCAUUCGACCUCGGGAGCACCCCUUCGACGACUGGACGAAGUCUCGUCCGAGCGGCCGCGUUUCAAGGCUGCGGAGAAUCGACCUGGCCCUGAGGGGCUUGGACUUUCAGGCGACCCAGAGACAGGAUGAGGAUGGGGAAGCCAUAUAG